AUGGCGAGAAAUAGCAGCGGCCACACACCACUGGCCCUUGCACUCCAACAGCACCACCUGGAAACGGCCGACUUGAUCGCAGACACGUGCACCAAGGACCAGCUUGAGACGCUCUUUGGUAGCGACGCCUACAGCGGGCAAUCCAUCUUUUCCGACUUGGUGGCUGACUGGUUGCGUCAUCGCGGCCCAGGACAUAUAAUGAGUGUUGAGUGGCUCAGGGGCCACGGAGGCGAGCAGCUCUACGGCGCACAGGGGACACCAGUCUGGCUGGCCAUGUACGGCCUGACACGGCCUCUGAGCCUCUCUGACCAGAUAUGGGACAGGGCCCUUCUGUCGAGUCUGUUGCAUUAUAUGGUUGGCAACGGCCACAUCGAAUCGGUCAAGCUGCUGCGGGAACGGAAUUUUGACAUGGCGGUUUCCACUACGCCUGACGGAGCGGACGAUGGCUUGAAGAUAGGCUUUCGGUUCGUACAAAAAGUGACGGCACUUGAUUUCGUUGAAGUUGGCCUGUAUUUGAUACAUUCUAGUGAAUCCCCGUAUGGCUCAUUCCACUUCCCAGGUUUGAUAUCUCAGGGUGGCCCCGUUCAUCGUGAGAAAUGGGUUCAAGACCUUGAAGGCAUUCGGAACCUACUUGUCGAUGCGAGGUGUGAGAGAACUGAAAUGGCGGAUGAGAUGAAUCUAUCGCAUGAUGAGUACCAGUCCUUUAUUGGGACACUACAGCCAUUCUCGGAUGAAGAAAUACCAUUCGUCGGGGUGAAAGGCUUGGGAGGCAACGUGCGUUAG